UGACUUGUUUUGUUUUCCGUGUCUCGUACUAAAUCUCGGAGAAACGCGGGAUUCCAAAGCUGAAUUACCAGAGAAGGUGGACUCAGUCGUGGACCGUGUGUGCAUGGGAGCAAUUCUAACCAGAGGAAGAAACGGGAAGCAGAACCCAGAUGUUUCCCACAAGAAUCCUCAUGUCAGCUGCUUUGAUUUCCACUGCCCUGGCAGGACCAUGGGCUAACAUAUGUGCCAGCAGAUCUUCCAAUGAGAUCCGGACAUGUGACAGCUAUGGCUGUGGACAGUACUCUGCUCAAAGAACCCAAAGGCAUCAUCCAGGUGUGGACGUCCUGUGCUCAGAUGGAUCUGUGGUGUAUGCGCCAUUCACGGGGAAGAUAGUGGGCCAGGAGAAACCCUAUAGGAACAAAAACGCCAUCAAUGAUGGCGUCCGACUGUCGGGAAGAGGUUUCUGUGUCAAAAUUUUCUACAUUAAGCCAGUUAAGUAUAAAGGUUCUAUCAGAAAAGGAGAGAAGCUGGGUACCUUGCUGCCCCUGCAGAAAGUUUACCCUGGCAUACAGUCGCAUGUACACAUUGAAAACUGUGACUCCAGUGAUCCCACGGCAUACCUGUAAGCAGAGACAGAGGCCAGAUCUUCUCAAAUUCCUGCUCCUGAAGAAACAUGCAUUCUAACAGACGUGCCAUCAGUGUGGACACAAUUCUGAUUCCGACUCAUCGUCACUCUGAUGGGCGGGCUCUGAUCUGCCUGCCGCCUGGAGGGCCAGGGAGUUUUAUGUUUCCGAUUUUUAAGUUCUGGGGACUGAAAUAAAA